UAGGGGAUGAGCUAAACGCUGAUCAUAUGAAAGCAGCUGAUUUUAGAGUAGAAUAAUCAUUGAGCUGACUUUUUCCAUUUCUUUGUCAGAAGCCGGAUCCUCACAUUUCAAAAAGUUAAUGUCCACUGCAGAUGACCAUGAAAUCUUGAGCGCUUUCUAAAUUUUGCAAAGCCACGGCUGCCCCCUUUGGACUUAACCACGUGGUUGUCAUGACAACAGUAAACUGAAGCCAAGACCUGUGUUUUGGUUCACUAACGUUGCCGUAGCGUUCUAGCCCAACUAACGUUACUAACUACUACUUUAUUUUGUUAUAAUGUCAGACGCCGGAUCUGUGGAUUUUGACGAUGAACAGGGGUACCUUGGGGAGUACGAGGGGGAGCGGAAUGAAGCCGGAGAAAGACAUGGUUUUGGCAGAGCCGUACUACCAAACGGAGACACCUAUCAGGGCCUGUACGAAAUCGGCAAACGAUGCGGUCAGGGAACUUACCGGUUCAAGAACGGUGCUCGGUAUAUUGGAGAGUACUAUACAAAUUUGAAGCACGGUCAUGGGGUCUUCUAUUAUCCGGAUGGUUCCAAAUACGAAGGGAACUGGGUGGAGGACCUCAGACAAGGCCAUGGGGUGUACACGUAUCCCAACGGAGACACCUACGACGGGGAAUGGCUACGGCAUCAGAGGCAUGGGCAGGGUGUGUACGUGUACAAGGCUACAGGCUCCCAGUACUGCGGCUCGUGGGUGGGGGGCAAGAUGGAGGGGGCAGGAGAGAUCAUUCAUCUCAACCACAGAUUCCAGGGCCACUUCCACAGCAACAACCCCUCAGGUCCAGGGAAAUAUGUAUUUGACAUCGGCUGUGAGCAGCAUGGGGAGUAUAUGCAGGUGGAGCAGGAUCGAGGUGAUGGAGAUGAGGAAGAGCCUGUUGCCAUGCACUUAAAAUGGAAACCCAAAUCAGUCUCUGGACUGACACUGUGGAGUCCAGUCAAAGAGAGCACAGAAGGGCAAGUGGAGGGGCUGAGAGAACUCGAGACACAAAAGGUCAACUGAACUGUCUGGUCAUGAACCCUGUCCAUGAACAAACACACACACACACACACACACACACACACACACACACACACACACACGUGUGUUUUUCACUCUGGAAUGUUAAUUAAAGGCUGCAGUCAUCUUUGUUUCAUGAUUUAUGUUUGCAAGAUAAUUAGAGUGAGCCAUGGCACCCCAUAUCAGGGUGAAUAGAACGUUCACUACGAUCUCUGUGGGGUCAUGGAAAGUCACAAAAAGUCUUCAAUUUAAUAAUAAAUAUUUUAAAUGUAUUCACUUGUUCAUUCUAUGGUUCUACCGUCACCUGUUCCCCACGAGACAUGUGCUGGCGGCAUUUCAUUAUGAUCAGUUCCGCCAGGUGUAGUUCUGUCUGAAGAAUCUGGAAUCUGUGAUGUCAUUUCCGCUAAAAGGUCACGAUAUUUGUAUACAUCCGGGCGCCGCUGAAAACAGUUCUGAGGAGUGCUAGGAGUCACCUCACAGGUUCUAUUAUCUUUUAGUUAUUUACUUCUCCUACUUAUUUUCUCAUUCUACUCACCUCAUGUCUGUUUACAUACAAAAUAAAAGUGAAUCAAAAUACA